CUCCCCCCCCCCCCCAGGGAUGCCGCUGCUAAUGCAAAUUUCUGCCUUAUAGGUGAUGUAAGCUAGCUCACACCUGGGCGUGCCAUGUGCACCCCCUGCUUGUCCCUCCUGCCCUUCCUCUUCUAACCCUCCCUUCUUCCAGAAGAGCCUGAAGCAGCGUCUGGGGAAAAGUAACAUCCAGGCACGAUUAGGCCGCCCGGCGGGAGCCCUGGCUCGUGGGGCCUUAGGAGGACGGGGGCUGCCGAUGGGGCAGAGAGGCUUGCCCCGGGGCGCCAUGCGCGGGGGACGCGGAGCGCGGGGGCUGCUGCGCGGAGGAAUCCCGCUGCGAGGAUACAGUUUGCUUCGGGGGGGCCGGGGUCUUGGCCCCCGGAUGGGCCUGAGGAGAGGAGGCAUGAGAGGGCGGGCAGGGCCCGGCAGGGGUGGCCUGGGCCGAGGAGCCAUGGGACGGGGCGGCCUCGGCGGCAGAGGUCGCGGCAUGGCCGGCCGGGCCAGGGGCGGCUUCGGGGGCCGCGGAAGAGGCCGGGGCCGAGGAAGAGGCACCACUCGCCCGGCGCUGACCAAGGAGCAGUUGGAUAACCAGCUGGACGCUUACAUGUCGAAAACGAAAGGACACCUGGACGCCGAGCUGGAUGCUUACAUGGCCCAGACGGACCCGGAAACCAACGAUUGAGACUGGGGAAGGGGGACGGGGACCCUUGUUGUUGGGGGGGGGCAACGGGGACGGGGCAUAGAUUGGUCCUCCGACUCACGGCGACCACCACGAACGCCGCCAAGCUCAUCCUGCCGGGGAGGGGCCUGCGAAGCGGGAAUUUAGAAAGCCCAGGAGUUUUUCCCUUUGAAAUGUUUCCUCGCUCCUGGUUGUGCGGAGGGGAGACCCUUUAAUCGGGGUGGGGGUGUCUGAACAGCUCCUGUUGGGUCCCGGUCCUCCGUCCCGGACCCCCCCCAAAUCUUUGCCCCGCAGUGGAGGAAGAUCGCAUGUCUCCCCCUUCCUUCCUCUCCCCCUCUCUUGCCCCCCCGGGGGGGGGGGGGCUUUCCCAACAGGCCACAUUGUGACUUGGUGGCUGGGGUCUCAAGCUGGCAGCAUCCUCCUUAACACCCCCCACCAGGAGAAAAGUUAAAAUUACGCCCCCAAAUUUGAUUUUUCUAAACCCCAGAAGAAGCCGAGGGGGGUGGUUGUUUUUUUAAUGGCGACAAACACGUGUUUUUUUUGGGGGGGGUUGGUUUGCCAAGGAGACGGUCACUCUUCUUCUCUUCCCCCCACUUCAUCCUCCUCUCUCUCCCCCCCCCUCCCCGUCGCUAUUUGCGGUUUUGUGAACGCCUCCGUUCCGAAAGGCAUCUUGUAUGUUAACAUCCGGGUUUUCUGUAAGGAACAAUUCAUGGCAGGGAAAAUGAAAACUGUGGACUGUGUGUGCCUGUGGUGUGUUUGUGUCUGUGUGUUUUUUUUCUUCUACAAAGAAAAGUUGCUGGGAAUUCUGAACAGCUGAAUCCACGUUGGGGGGGGGGUUGCUGGCCACCGCCCGCCGAGAUACCCCCUCCCAUUUUUCCCUUUGAAUUUCCUAUAUAUGGCUUCCUUAAAUUGUCCCCUAUAUAUAUCUCUCUCUCUCAACUUCCGUCGGCAGCUAAAUAAACCAGAGUUAUCAUUCUUA